CUAAGGUCAAGAGCGUAUGUCUGUUUCUCACCAGCUUCGUGCUACCAGCCGGCUAAACCCAAGGUGUAUCGAAUUGUAACGUUUGCGAUUGUGCAAUUUAAUAUUAAUAUUAAAAUGAACAUUAAAAUGAGCAUUAAUAUGAAUAUGAAAUUAAGGAAGAUAUUCGUGAAAAGGCAUAGAGAAUAGCUGGCUAACGUCGACUCAUGGUCAAAACCAUCGAAGGGUGUCAACCAGGGGAACUUUAACGAUCAUAGUGGCCAGUGCGGGACAGAGAAAAGUAAUCAGUCAACCCUAGUAUUAGAGCCAGCAGGUGCUUGCUUCUCUCUCUUCCAGGGAGUUUUUAAAAAAGUGAUGGACUUCCUCGCUGGCUGCAUUGGUGGUGCUGCCGGCGUCUUAGUGGGGCAUCCGUUCGAUACAGUGAAGGUCAGGCUGCAGAUUCAGAAUGUGGACAAACCUCUUUACCGCGGAACCUUUCACUGUUUCCAGUCCAUCAUACGACAAGAGUCGAUGCUCGGUCUGUACAAAGGCAUCGGAUCCCCCAUGAUGGGCCUGACCUUCAUCAACGCCAUAGUGUUUGGCGUCCAGGGUAACGCCAUGCGUUACCUGGGCCGCGACACGCCCAUGAACCAGUUUCUAGCGGGUGCGGCCGCCGGCGCCAUCCAGUGCGUGAUCUGCUGCCCGAUGGAGCUGGCCAAGACGCGGCUACAGAUGCAGGGCACCGGGGAGCGCAAGUCCACCAGGAAGCUGUACAAGAACUCCCUGGACUGCCUGGUGCGCAUCUACAACCGCGAGGGCUUCCGCGGCAUCAACCGCGGCAUGCUUACCACCCUGAUCCGCGAGACCCCCGGUUUCGGCGUGUACUUCCUCACCUACGACGUGCUGACCCGCGCCAUCGGCUGCGAGCCCGAUGCCCCCUUCAUGAUACCCAAGCUCCUGUUCGCAGGCGGCAUGUCGGGCAUCGCCUCCUGGCUCUCCACCUAUCCCGUGGAUGUGAUCAAGUCCCGCCUACAGGCGGACGGCGUGGGCGGGGUCAACCAGUACGCCAGCAUCGCAGACUGCGUGAGGCAGAGCGUCAAGAAGGAGGGCUACAUGGUGUUCACGCGGGGCCUCACCUCCACGCUGCUCCGGGCCUUCCCCGUGAACGCCACCACCUUCGCCACGGUCACGCUCGUCCUGAUGUGGGCCCGGGACAGGGAGGCGGGGCAAAAGGACUGUGAGGCGGCCCCGCCGACCCACCCUGCCCAGCUCCAGGCGCCAGGCCAGGCCCAGGCGCAGGUCUCCAGCUUCUGAGGGGGCCUGGUUGCUUCCUCCGGCUUUUGAGCAAGGCACUUUGCCGGGGAUUGUUAUAAAGUUUCCGAUCCGACCAAUGCAUCCCAACUUUGAAGGUAGAGUGUUAUGCUUUGGUUCGAUAAAAAAUUGCAAUACUGUUAUAGUAAUAAUAAUAAUGCUGUCCAAAACCGAUAUAUAUUUAUUUUUUUAUAUGGCAUUUAUAAAUUUAAGAGGUAUUACCAAAUUACGGAGUUUGCCUUUUUACCAAAUGUAUGGCAGUUUGUUAAAACUGCCAUAUAUACAAACUUUCGUGAUGUACAGCUGGUAUUUAGCAUAAAUUAUAUUUGCCUGCUGGUCCAUAAUUUUUGAUCCAAUGUAUGAACUAAUUGACAUACAAGACAUAAGUACUUAUUCUUUGUAUGUCACGUGAAUAAGUGUUUGAUAAGGGAUAAUAAGCAAUGGUAAAUAACAACGAUACGCUUAAGAAAUGCAUAAACAUUGGCUGUAAACUGUCUCGAAGCCAUGCUCUAUGCAUGUUACUAACCCAGGAUCGUCUAAUGAACUGUAUCAGGUCAAACACUGAAACCCACUGAAAACACUGUACAUCAUGAGGUUUUGGGCUGCAGUUAUAUACAUAUUUUUUAUUUUAUUUAUAUUUAUACAUGCAUGUAUAGUUUUUUCAGCCUUAUUUUUAUUCUCCUAAAAUCGAUCGUGAUCGUGAAUGGGGAAACCAAUCUGGAAGAUGGUAUGGGGCACAGCGAUAUUAACGUAUCUGACAGUUUGUUUGCUGAACCAAAACUAGUUCAAAUUGGCUAGAGUGGGCCUUAUUGUGUUAUUACUGAAACCCAUUCGAAUGGUGCUGGUAUUUUCAUGUCUUUGUAUAUCAGAGGUUGCGACAACCUUGCUGCAUAUUUUUAGUCUGUACUUUAUUUGUAUUAUUAUGAAUGGUUUGUUGGGUCUUACUAACUUAUGUUAAUGCUGUUCUAUCAUUUGUUGUGUUUAAAAGUUUUAACCUUGGCCUAGUUUCACAUAAUGCUAUUCAUUUGCGACUUCAAGUCUCUUUGUUUGUGUCGUAGUCUGAUAAUGAAUGUGUAGGGUUUGGUUAUCACAGUGACGGCUGUGAACAAAUGAAAGUCAUAGUACUACUCACUAUUUUAACUUAUGUUAAUGCUGUUCUAUCAUUUGUUGUGUUUAAAAGUUUUAACCUUGGCCUAGUUUCACAUAAUGCUAUUCAUUUGCGACUUCAAGUCUCUUUGUUUUGUGUUGUAGUCUGAUAAUGAAUGUGUAGGGUUUGGUUAUCACAGUGACGGCUGUGAACAAAUGAAAGUCAUAGUACUACUCACUAUGCAUUUUAACUUGUGAUGUAUCAUUUUGGGUGUUAGUGUUAUUUUGAUGGACCGGGCACUGCACGUACUGAUCACGGUUCAGUCGGGAUCAGCCCCUUCUGUGUAUGUCUGAGAUGUGUGUUUUGUCUGAAGAUCUUGCUGUAAAACAGUCUUGUUUUCUUUUUAACCAAAAAGGCUGAUUUGGUUUGCCUUCUAAUGCAGUAAUUAUGAAGCACAUUUGACUAAUGAUCUUCUUCCUCCUUUCUCCGUUAUACUAACAUACACAACCCACACUUUCUGGAUUGGAGAAUCUCUGAUGUCAGAAAGGGAUAAAGCUAAGGAGUUGUGUGGUACAAGGAUGUGAAGGGUGGAAUUCAGGCAGAAAGUUUCCAUUUUGAAUGUACCCGCAAUGACCAUUGACCUCUAAAGGCUACAGGAUUGGGAUAAAUCACAAAUUACACAAUUGCACAAGAAGGGGAAAAGGUGGAAUGCAGGCAGUAAGUUUAUAUUAUGAAUGUACAUGCAAAGACCAUCUACUUGUUAAAGCUAUGGGAUAGGACGACGUCACAAGUACUUAAGAUAUCCUGAAUGUAUCGCUCUUAUGACCCCAUGGGGUCUGGGAUCUGCUGCUGCUUUGUCGUGGCGUUGGUCGAUGUUUUGAAGACUUACUGGAAAGAAAAACUAUGCAGCUAUCGCAGUGUCUUAUCCGUGGAAAGACAUUGGUGACCAUGAACCACAUGGUGAAACCAAAGAGUGAGUCGCCGAGGCAAUAAGUCGCAGAUGCAAUAUCUACUGUGUGUAAUGUCGAUGGAAUGAGAUGGCUGCUAGAUUGGUUUAAAGUACCGGGAUGUGUAAAUAAAUUAAAAAUAUAUAUGUGUCUGUGUACAUAUACAUAGAUAUUUUUCAAUCGAAAUGUUUUUUUGGAAUGUUAGCAUUACCAUGUUUUUUCAAAAUAUAUUUAUUCAGUCCAGUUUUACUGUGGAUGGAUUUUAUCAAGAUAAACAGCUGAAAUAUAUUAUUACAUAUUUUUCUUACUUGUCUCUGAAACUGUUUGUGGAGAUGGUACCCGAUGUUGUGUACAGGUGGUUAAAUAAACUCAAGGAUCAGUAUCAA